ACAGUGCGUUGCUGCCAGGCAGCCAUCCUCCAUUGAAUUAUUUGCCACACUGGAUUAUAUUUAUAUCUCCUACCCUGGGUAGCUGCCUAUCAAGUUUUUGUUCCAAACUUGUCUCUCCCCCUUGCAUUCAGAGGAAGGAAGGAAGAAAUCGAGAUGGGUCGAGCUCCGUGCUGUGACAAGGGGAGCGUGAAGAAAGGGCCAUGGUCACCCGAGGAGGACAGGAAGCUCAGGGAGUACAUCCACAGCUAUGGAACCGGCGGAAACUGGAUCGCGCUCCCCACCAAAGCUGGGCUGAGGAGGUGCGGGAAGAGCUGCCGUCUGCGCUGGCUCAACUACCUGCGGCCAAACAUCAAGCACGGCGGCUUCUCCGACGAGGAGGACCGGGUGAUCUGCGGCCUGUUCGCCAGAAUCGGGAGCCGGUGGUCCGUCAUCGCCGCGCAGCUCCCCGGGAGGACGGACAACGACAUCAAGAACUACUGGAACACCAAGCUCAAGAAGAAGCUGCAUCUCCUCAUCGCCGCCGCAGCUGGCGGCCUACCAGUACCAGCUCCUUCCCCUCCUCCACCAGCGGUAGUGCACCCCUGCGGCGGCUUCUUCCUCGAGCAGCAGCACCACCACGCUACUUCUGCUGCAUCUUCAGGGCUUCUCGUGUCUGGCUCGCCGUCCCUGUGCUCCGUCGACAAUGGCGGACUCUACUUUGACCUCUCCACCUACGGCAACGGCAUCAUCAGAAACGACAGCAGUGCGGUUGGCCUGGAGAGCUUCGUCUGCAGUGGCUUGCAGUUGCAGCAGCAGGAUACCACGCAAGGUAGCCACCACCUGUUUCCAGAAGCAGCCGAGAAUGGCACGGGCCACAACGUGAUGACAGGCGACGGCCUGCUGCUGGAUCAUCAUCAACGACGGCAGUACUACGGCGAAAGCAGCAACAGCAGCUACGAGCACGAGCAGAAGCCAUUGAUGAUUCUGCCGAGCGGAGGUAGGCGCGGCAGCUUCUUCUACGGUGACUGUGAGGCGGCCGACGGUGCAACCCAGUUGAUGGAACGACUAGCUUGGUAGACAUUGAUAAUUUGCAUGCUUGCAUGCAUGAUGCAUGCAUUCAUGGCCACCAAUCCCAAGAUAAAUAUGAUAUCGUGCAUAAUGCUAAUUUAUUUUCUAUUUUCUAUUAUGUGGUGGUGUGUUGUAAUUGUCACUUGCUCUGAGUGUUGUCCGGUUUGUAAUGUUAAGCGAUUCC